GUCUGGAGGGCGAGACGAGAUGGGAUCCCCGGCGCGGCGACCCGGCAGAUCCCUGACGCCGAGCAGGCGAGCUGUCAUCCUCCCGAGAGAGUUGAGGGGAGCCGCUCGGAGGCCGGCCGCUAGGGCUUCUUCGCCAGCUGAGGCGAUUAAACAGCUGAGGGCUGCACCGAGCAGCCGCGGGGCGGCGUGCGGCCUCCGGAGCCCCUGCGCCCCGAGGAAGCGCGCGGACCACGGGGUGGCGCCCGGGCGGGAAGUCCCCGCGACCGCGCGCUGUGCCCGCGAGCGGCCGACCCCUGCCACCAGCGCGUGCUCCACGGUCGUCACCGUGUGUGACCUACAGAGUUCGGCUAGUGAGGGCCCCCAUCCCGAGAGCCUGUUUGCUGAGACCGGCACAAGGUUCUCUCCAUCAUCGUAUCUCAUACUUCUCGAUCAAUGCUUGCCGCCAGAGAAACUAACGAAGAGGGAGAAGAGGCUAAAAGGAAAGAUUGUGGUGGCCCUGAGGAAGCUGAACAACCAAAUCCAAGAAGCUCAGAUGAGGCAGGACUGGCUGCUGGAAGAGAACAAGCAGCUGCAGAAGGAAAAGCUCCUCGUGGAGGCUGAGAGCAAAUCCAUUCUGGACUAUCUGACUGAAAGCAGUAAGCACCGGGAGAGGAAGUGUGAGGAGCUGUGGAAAGAUUAUUUCCAACAAUACCAUGAGCUGGAGCAGAGGAAACAAGAAUUAGCCUCCAGAUAUGAAAAAGAAACCUCAGACCUGAACGUACAGCUCUUGCGGGGGGAAAAAGUCCAAUACAAAUUGGAACAGCGGUUGCAGGCUCUGAAGAAUAUUGCCGCCAUCAAGGAGAGACAGGACAGGAGAAUACAGAGCUUGCAGGAGCAGAUAGAGAGGAUCCCAGCCGAGACGCACGUGAAGGACCGGGAAGCACACUUCCAGUUCCUCCAGCAAAGAGCCUUCCUGGAGCAAAAAAUCAAAGAGCUGGACCUGGUGCGGGAGCUGUUGCGGGAGAGAAAAAGGGGGGAGCUUGGUGGGAAAGCCCAGGCCUUGGAGUACAUAGCACAGAAGUCUCAUUUUGAAUUCUGCCGUGGCUUCUACAGAGAAAAUCAGCAAUUGAGGAGAAAAUUAAAGCCACUACUUCAGGAAGCCCAGAAAUUGGAAGCUACUCAAACUUGGUUAGAAAACCAGAAGCAGCAGCUGAAGCAGAGACAGUGGUACCAAGAAACCAUCAUUAGGGGGAGGCGACGACUGCAAUCCAGGCAGGACCAGAGCCCAAAGCAACAGGGUGCUCCAAAGAACACAGUGCACCCUCCCCUGGACACCAGUCAACAUCCAAGGGGAUCCCGAAAAUAACAGAUGAAAUAAGAACUGGAUCAAGUAUUCCGACGCACUAGAAAUCCCUCUAAGGAAUUAGACUGAGUACUCUUAGGGUAAAAUAUUUUUGAGUCUGUGCCAUCUAUUGCUCUAGCAGUACCUGAAGUUCUAAGAGGACAAAUUACCUAGUUAUACCAAGUAUUAUGUAGUACUACUGGGGGACUUCGUUAUCCUUACGUGUAUACUCUAUCAUACACAAAGGACCUUUUGUCAUUUGUAUGAUCAUAUAUUUAUGCCCAUUUAAUAGAACUGAGAAUUGUUUUAUUGCUUUAUUGAUUCAAGUUGUACUUUUUGUAUUUUAUGGCAGAUGGAAGCUAGACCAGUGAUUUACUGGAAUUUGAAUCUUGGUACACUGAGUAUAUUUUGAUAUUUUAACAUUGCUCCUCUAUGGAUAGAAUCAACCAUGUUUUCCAGAAGAGGUUAGUGAUGAAAAACUUCACAGUAAACUUUAUGAACUGUCAGUCUUAUUUCUAGGUAAAAUGAAUUUAUUGAAAACUGGAUUUUAAAAAACUGGAUUAAAAAGCCUUUCUUUCCAUGUGCCUUUUACUCUUAGCUUUAAUAUUUUUUUGCCACAUAUGUGGUUCCUUUGUGUUAUUAAGCAAUGUUUCAUUAUUAAAAAAUAAAAGCCUAUUUAUGGUUAUAAUUUA